AUGGACUCUGUUAAUGGCAAAUCAAGAGGUGUCUUUUUUGUAUACGGAUAUGGAGGCACGGGUAAAACAUACAUUUGGAGGACAUUGUGUGCUGCAAUUAGGAAGAUGGGCGAAAUUAUUUUGCCUGUGGCAUCAAGUGGAAUUGCGUCCCUACUUCUUCCAAAAGGUAUUAGGCCUGGUUCUGACUUAGCUGCAUUGCUCAUGAGAACAAAGCUAAUUAUCUGGGAUGAAGUACCAAUGAUGCACAAAUAUUGCUUUGAAACACUUGAUAGGAGUUUAAAGGACAUUAUGCAAGCUGUUGAUCGAGAUAAUUUGCAUCGACCAUUUGGAGGUAAAGUUUUGAAGAAUACACGCAAUAUGAGAGUUCAAUCAUGUUAUUCUUCGUCGACUGCUAAUGAAAUAAGGGACUUCUCAGAAUGGAUAUUGAGCGUUGGUGAUGGCAAAGCUGGAGGGCCCAAUGAUGGAGAAGUCGAUAUUGAAAUCACUGAAGAUAUUCUUAUAGACGGUGGAGGUGACCCCAUAUCAUCAAUUGUCGACAGCACAUACCCUUCACUCACUGAUCACCUUUGGGAAGCCGAAUACUUCCAAUAA